UCCGCAAUUGCUAAACUCGUUUCUUCCCGUUCAGCAAACGCAAAACUGUCAAUUGAAUGAAAUUUGCAUAAUCGUCAGCACCUGUUCAGUACAAAAAAGGACUGAAAACAGAUGUAAUGAAAAACAAAAGCUUGCAGUCUAAACGCGACCGCGCCACUAUAUUCUCCUGUAUUUACACAUCGGGACUAAGCACUAAAACUCUUUUUAGAAAUGUUGGCGCCUGAAGAAUCCAUCGACGAGUGCAAAGAAGCAUUUUAUCUUUACGACCGAAGGGGAGAUAAGAGAGUCGAAUGUAGCCAAAUCGGAGAUGUUCUCCGGGCUCUCGGAACGAAUCCGACGGAAGGAGAAAUUUCAAAAAUUAUUCGUAAUCUCGAUCCUGCUAGUACUGGUAUAAAGCGAGUUAGCUUCGAAGAAUUCUUCCCAGUUUAUCAAAAUCUGCGUGAUCGGAAAAAGAAAAGCGGAGUUGAUCCGGAGUACUUUAUCGAAUGCCUUCGAGUCUUUGAUCGCAACUGUAACGGGCUUGUAAACGCCUCUGAAUUACGUCACGUGUUACGCAGUCUGGGUGACAAGUUGACAGCUGAAGAGCUUGAUCAGCUUUUGGUUGGGUUCGAGGAUAAUCAAGGCCAGGUUAUGUACGAAGAAUUUGUGAAACACAUCAUGUCAGGAUAGAAUCAAGCAGAGAUUAUCAAGAAAAAUAUGUUUUUCCCUUCUUUUUCAUCAUUGCAACCGGGAGAAGACGUUCGUUGAUGACUAGUCAUGAUAGUGUGAAAACGGUCGAAACUUUUUUUAUGAUGUAACCUCAACCUUUCAACUCUAAGAAGCGAUUAAGUUGUAAUUUCUCCUUGAAAUAUCAAUACAUAAUUCACCAUAAAGGUGACGAGUGGAGACGAACGUGUUAGGGAGAGAGUGCCAUCUCGACAACGUCAAUUUCUCUUGAUUUAUUAACAGACAUAAAUCUAUGGCAGUUAGAAUAGAGGAUUAGUGGUCCGAUCUUGGGAGUUCAAGGGUCAAACACAGUCGAAAUUUUAGACUUUAGAGAGGUUUAAAGAAACUUUUAUUUAAAAAUGAUAGGAACCGAAGAAAGUUAUAAGUAAAAAAAAAAUCGCUAUGAGAGAAGAUUCCUUGGUACUUUUCAAUUUAAGGAAUGAAGAAAAAGUUAAAGUAAUCGUCUUGACCAACUCAGCUAGUUCUAAGUCAGGGGGUAUCCAGCUCUCCAGGAAUAGUUGGUAGGGGAAGGGAUUAACCUGUGAUUCAGAUCACACAAGUUGUCUUUUUAACUAUAGCCUGACUAAGCUGAGAAAUAUUCCAAGACAGGUAAAUUUCAAUUACCUUAUUUUGAGAAGUAACAUGCAAUUCUGCCACAGCAAGAAUUUUUGGGUCAGACGGAGCAGUAGAACAAAUUCCACGGAUCUCAUAAGAAAGGGUGCGGACCCCCGGAACCUUCCCUCCUGCAGUGGGGUAGGCCCGUGGAAUUCG